GUUCGCAGGCAGCCGGGAAGCCCUGCCCGCCGCCGCCCGGUGAGAUAAAAGCCCCCGAGGGAUCCAGCACCAUGGUUGCCUUGUCGCUGAAGAUCUGCGUCCGCCAAUGCAACGUGGUGAAGACGAUGCAGUUUGAACCCUCCACGGCAGUCUAUGACGCGUGCCGGGUGAUCCGCGAGAGGGUCCCCGAGGCUCAGACGGGGCAAGCCUCUGACUAUGGGUUGUUCCUCUCCGAUGAAGACCCACGGAAGGGGAUUUGGUUGGAAGCCGGCAGGACCCUGGAUUACUACAUGCUGCGGAAUGGGGAUAUUUUGGAGUACAAAAAGAAGCAGAGACCCCAGAAAAUCCGGAUGUUGGACGGCUCCGUGAAGACGGUGAUGGUGGAUGACUCCAAAACCGUGGGAGAACUGCUGGUGACCAUCUGCAGCCGGAUAGGCAUAACCAACUAUGAAGAGUAUUCCUUAAUCCAAGAAGGCACUGAGGAGAAGAAGGAGGAGGGGGGCACGGGGACCCUGAAGAAGGACCGGACGCUGCUGCGGGACGAGAAAAAGAUGGAGAAAUUAAAAGCCAAGCUGCACACGGAUGACGACUUGAACUGGUUGGAUCACAGCCGGACAUUUCGGGAACAAGGGGUGGACGAGAACGAGACGCUGCUUCUGAGACGGAAGUUCUUCUACUCGGAUCAGAACGUGGAUUCCAGAGACCCCGUUCAGCUCAACCUGCUCUAUGUCCAGGCCCGUGACGACAUCCUGAACGGCUCCCACCCGGUAUCCUUCGAGAAGGCCUGUGAAUUCGGCGCUUUUCAGGCCCAGAUCCAGUUCGGGCCUCACGUGGAGCACAAGCACAAGCCAGGGUUCCUGGACCUGAAAGAAUUUCUCCCCAAAGAAUACAUCAAGCAGAGAGGAGCGGAAAAAAGACUCUUCCAGGAACACAAGAAUUGCGGAGAGAUGACAGAAAUAGAGGCCAAAGUGAAGUAUGUGAAGUUGGCCCGGUCUCUGAGGACCUAUGGAGUCUCCUUUUUCCUGGUGAAGGAGAAAAUGAAAGGAAAGAACAAACUGGUCCCACGUUUGCUUGGAAUUACCAAGGAGUCUGUGAUGCGGGUGGACGAAAAGACCAAGGAAGUCUUGCAGGAGUGGCCUCUGACCACCGUGAAACGCUGGGCGGCCUCGCCCAAGAGCUUCACCCUGGACUUUGGGGAGUACCAAGAGAGCUACUACUCAGUGCAGACCACUGAAGGGGAGCAGAUCUCUCAGCUGAUCGCAGGCUACAUCGACAUCAUCCUCAAGAAGAAGCAAAGCAAAGAUCGCUUUGGGCUGGAAGGAGAUGAAGAAUCGACUAUGCUGGAAGAGUCCGUCUCUCCCAAAAAGUCGACGAUUCUGCAGCAGCAGUUCAACCGCACCGGGAAGGUGGAGCAUGGCUCCGUGGCACUUCCGGCCGUCAUGCGCUCGGGCUCCACCGGCCCAGAGACCUUCAACAUGGGCAGCAUGCCUUCCCCGCAGCAGCAGGUGACGGUCGGGCAGAUGCACCGGGCCCACAUGCCCCCUCUGACCUCGGCCCAGCAGGCCCUGAUGGGCACCAUCAACACCAGCAUGCAGGCCGUCCAGCAGACUCAGGCUGACCUCACCCAAGUCGAUGACCUUCCGCCUUUAGGGAACGAUAUGGCUUCCAGAGUUUGGGUCCAGAACAAAGUGGACGAGUCAAAACAUGAAAUACACUCUCAGGUUGAUGCAAUCACUGCAGGGACAGCUUCCGUGGUGAACCUCACAGCAGGGGACCCGGUCGACACAGACUACACAGCAGUGGGCUGUGCCAUCACCACCAUCUCCUCCAACCUCACGGAGAUGUCCAAGGGGGUCAAGUUGCUGGCGGCCCUCAUGGACGACGAGGUUGGGAGUGGAGAGGACCUGCUGAAGGCCGCUCGGACCCUGGCAGGGGCCGUCUCAAACCUGCUCAAAGCGGUGGAACCGACAUCGGGAGAGCCCCGCCAGACUGUUCUGACCGCAGCCGGCAGCAUCGGCCAAGCCAGCGGGGAGCUGCUCAGGCAGAUCGGGGAGAACGAGACGGACGAGCGCUUCCAGGAUGUCUUGAUGAGCCUGGCCAAAGCUGUGGCCAAUGCCGCCGCCAUGUUGGUGCUGAAGGCCAAGAACGUGGCUCAGGUGGCCGAGGACACGGUUCUGCAGAACAGGGUGAUUGCGGCUGCCACGCAGUGCGCCCUCUCCACCUCGCAGCUGGUGGCUUGUGCAAAGGUGGUGAGUCCCACCAUCAGCUCCCCGGUGUGUCAGGAGCAGCUGAUUGAAGCCGGGAAGCUGGUGGAUCGCUCCGUGGAGAACUGUGUGCGGGCAUGCCAGGCUGCCACGGAUGACACCGAACUGCUCAAGCAAGUUAGUGCGGCAGCCAGCGUGGUCAGCCAGGCCCUGAAUGACCUCCUGCAGCACGUCCGGCAGUUUGCCAGCCGGGGGGAGCCCAUCGGGCGCUACGACCAGGCCACCGACACUAUCAUGUACGUCACCGAGAGCAUCUUCAGCUCCAUGGGGGAUGCCGGGGAAAUGGUGCGGCAGGCAAGGGUGUUAGCGCAAGCAACCUCGGACCUGGUGAACGCCAUGCGCUCAGACGCCGAGGCAGAAAUCGACAUGGAGAACUCGAAGAAGCUCCUGGCAGCGGCCAAACUUCUUGCCGAUUCCACAGCCCGGAUGGUAGAAGCCGCGAAGGGAGCUGCUGCCAACCCGGACAACGAAGACCAGCAGCAGCGGCUGCGGGAAGCGGCCGAAGGGCUCCGGGUGGCCACCAACGCAGCCGCCCAGAACGCCAUCAAGAAGAAGAUCGUGAACCGACUGGAGGUGGCAGCGAAACAGGCAGCCGCAGCUGCCACGCAAACCAUCGCGGCCUCGCAGAACGCCGCCAUUUCCAACAAGAACACGGCAGCCCACCAGCAGCUGGUCCAGAGCUGCAAGAACGUGGCUGACCACAUCCCGCAGCUGGUGCAAGGCGUGCGAGGGAGCCAAGCGCAGGCGGAGGACCUGGGCGCCCAACUGGCCUUGAUCAACUCCAGCCAAAGUUUCCUCCAGCCCGGAAGCAAAAUGGUAGCUUCGGCCAAAGCAGCAGUGCCAACCGUGAGUGACCAGGCGGCGGCCAUGCAGUUGAGCCAGUGUGCCAAGAACCUGGCCACCAGCCUGGCGGAGCUGAGGACGGCCUCUCAGAAGGCCCACGAAGCCUGUGGCCCCAUGGAGAUCGACUCGGCCCUGGACACCGUCCAGACGCUCAAAAACGAAUUGCAAGAUGCAAAGAUGGCGGCUCUCGAGGGACAGUUGAAGCCUCUUCCGGGGGAAACGCUCGAAAAAUGUGCCCAGGACUUGGGAAGCACCUCCAAAGCUGUCGGCUCCUCCAUGGCGCAACUGUUGACCUGUGCCGCCCAAGGCAACGAAGACUACACGGGGGUGGCUGCCCGGGAAACGGCCCAGGCGCUGAAGACCUUGGCCCAGGCGGCACGGGGUGUGGCCGCAUCCACGGGGGACCCCUCCGCGGCCCGCGCAAUGCUGGACUCCGCCUGGGACGUGAUGGAAGGCUCCGCUCUGCUCAUCCAGGAGGCCAAGCAGGCCCUGGUGUCUCCGGGGGAUGCCGAGAGUCAGCAGAGGCUGGCCCAGGUGGCGAAAGCCGUGUCCCAUUCGCUGAACAACUGCGUCAACUGCCUACCCGGCCAGAAGGACGUGGACGUGGCGCUCAAGAGCAUUGGCGAAUCCAGCAAGAAGCUGCUGGUGGAAUCGCUGCCCCCCAGCUCCAAGUCCUUCCAGGAAGCGCAAAGCGAGCUCAACCAGGCGGCGGCCGACCUGAACCAGUCGGCCGGGGAGGUGGUGCACUCCACGCGGGGCCAGAGUGGGGAGCUGGCGGCCGCCUCGGGGAAGUUCAGCGAGGACUUCGAUGAGUUUCUCGACGCAGGGAUUGAAAUGGCUGGCCAAGCUCAGCCUGCUUGUCUGUCUCAUCGGGUUCAACCUCUAAACUCCUACUUAGCGUCCAGGGCGACAUGCCAGCUCCAGGCUCUGGGGGGCUGCCCUCUGCCCUCGCCCCCUUCCGCAUAA